CUCUAAAAAGGGGCAAGCUUUACCGUAAUGAUUGAAUUGAAUUUUGUGUUGCUCCUCCAUAGCCAAUUCCUCACCCUCACCCGCAUCACCAUAUACCCUUCACCAUUCUCUCUCUUUUCUCUCUCUCUCUCUUUUCUCUCUCUCACAUCACACCCAACAAUAUUCACGUGCCCAUCAGCAUCAGCACCAUCAUCAGCACCAUCACCAGUGCCCCCAGCUCCAAGGAUUCCCUCCUCCGGCGCUGGCAGCCGCCGAUCUCCCCCGCCGCCUCAGCAUCUCUACUACCAGGUUCUCUCUUGCCCUUCUGUCUGACCCGUUCGGUGGUUGCUGGCUCUUAGUCAGAGCUGACUAUGUUGAACGGCGGCACAGUGGUUGGGCUUUGGAAUUCCUGAUCUUGGAUUAGGACUCGAAGGAGCUGGUGUCAGCUGAUUUUGGGUCUGAUUUGUUAUGUGGUUAGCUCUUAAUUGGAGACAUGGACGUGUCUGCGUGCUGUUCCUUGACUUCUGGGGGCGGAGCGAAGCUGAUUAGUUGAAGCUCGCGCUGUUCAAUUUUGGGGGUUUCCGUACAUUUGAUGCGAUUUCAGUCCCGGGUUUGAUUCUCCGGGGCUAAUUAGACCGUUCUGCUUGAUCUUGUGGGGGGGGGGGUUAAUUGUCCCAAAGUUAGAUUCUUUUGAGAAUCUUGGUGCGAAGAGUAAUGGAGGCUAGGAUUGAGGCGGAGGCUCAUCACUAUUACGGCAUGGCCUCGGUUGGGAAGAGGAGUUUGGAGUGGAACUUGAAUGACUGGAAGUGGGAUGGAGAUCUGUUCAUUGCUCGACCUUUGAAUCCAGUCCCGUCGGAUUAUCUCGGCCAGCAAUUUUUCCCGCUAGGAAAUGGGAUUCCAACCGCCGGGAACUCCUCCAACAGCUCGUCCUCGUGUUCGGACGAAGCUAAUCUCGGGUUUGAGAAUGGAAAGAGGGAGCUGGAGAAGCGCAGGAGGGUUAUUGUGGUUGAGCAUGAUAAUUUGGAUGACAAAGCCAACGGCCUUACUCUGAAGCUUGGUGAGCAAGGUUAUCCAAUUGCCGAAAGAGAGGCUGGAAUUUGGGAAGGGAAUAGUGGAAAGAAGGCUAAAGUAGUCGGGGGUUCAGCAAGUCGUGCAGUUUGUCAGGUAGAAGACUGCGGGGCUGAUCUGAGCAAUGCGAAGGACUACCAUAGACGGCAUAAGGUGUGCGAGAUGCAUUCAAAAGCCAGCAGAGCCCUUGUGGGAAACAUCAUGCAGCGGUUUUGUCAGCAGUGUAGUCGGUUCCAUGCCCUUCAAGAAUUUGACGAAGGAAAGAGAAGUUGCCGCAGACGUCUAGCUGGACAUAACAAAAGAAGAAGGAAAACUAAUCCUGAUGCAGCUGCUACUGCAAAUCCACUCAAUGAUGACCAGGCUAGUGGUUAUCUGUUAAUAAGUCUACUGAAGAUACUCUCCAACAUGCACACAAAUCCAUCGAAACAAUCAGCAGAUCAGGAUCUUUUAACUCAUCUUUUGAGAAGCCUUGCCAGCAACCAAAUUGGGGGUAAGAAUAUCUCUGGCCUUUUGCAGGAGUCGCAAAAUAUUGCCAGUGGUGGAGCCUCUCUCUGUAAAUCAGAAGCAAUUCCUGCUGUGGUCUCGAAGGGCCUUGAAGGACCCUCAAGAUCUCCAAAGCUGCCACAAGCACAGCCCACACCUUGCGAUUUGAAUGGUGUUCAAAGCUACACGGAAGGCCGAAAUCCAACAGGAAGGCAGAGCAAGCUGAACAAAUUUGAUCUCAAUGAUGUGUAUGUUGACUCAGAUGAUGGCUUAGAGGACUUGGAGAGAUCACCUGUCCCUGCAAAUCCAAGGACCGAUUCUCUUGACUGCCCUUCAUGGAUGCAACAGGAAUCUCAUCAGUCAAGCCCACCUCAGACAAGUGGAACUUCAGAUUCAGCAUCUGCACUGUCACCUUCUAGUUCAAGUGGAGACACUCAGAGCCGUACUGACAGGAUUGUCUUCAAAUUAUUUGGAAAAGAACCAAAUGACUUUCCUCUUCUUGUACGGGCACAGAUCUUUGACUGGUUAUCUCACAGUCCUACGGACAUUGAGAGCUACAUUAGACCUGGAUGCGUUAUUCUCACAAUAUAUCUUCGUCAGUGUGAGGAUGCCUGGGAAGAGUUGUCUGAUGAUCUGGGUUCUAGUCUGAGUAGGCUUAUCGAUGUCUCAGAGGACAGUUUCUGGAAGACUGGGUGGAUGUACAUAAGAGUGCAGCACCAAAUGGCUUUCAUUUACAAUGGUCAGCUUGUUCUAGACACAUUAUUGCCAUCCAGAAGCAUCAACCACAGUAAUAUUGUUAGUGUCAGGCCCAUUGCUGUAUCUGCUUCUGAGAAAACCCAGUUUCUCGUCAAGGGAUUUAACCUAUGCAAUCCUUCAUCAAGACUUCUCUGUGCAUUGGAAGGAAAGUAUCUGCUUCAAGAAGCAACUCAAGACUUGUUAGAUGAAGACAAUAUUUCAGAACAUGAUGAGCUCCGGUCUGUCAAAUUUUCCUGCUCUAUCCCGGCAGUAACUGGAAGAGGGUUUAUUGAGAUUGAAGAUCGUGGUCUCCCUGGAAGCUUCUUUCCUUUCAUAGUCGCAGAAGCUGAUGUUUGUUCAGAGAUCCGUACACUAGAAGGUGCACUAGAGUUGAUCGGAACCGAUUCAGAUAUUGAGGGAACCACAGAAAUUCAGGCCAAAGAUCAGGUCCUGGAGUUCAUAAAUGAAAUGGGUUGGAUCCUUCACAGAAGUGGAUUGAGAUCUAGACUCGGCCAGUUGGAUCCAAAUACAGAACUCUUUUCUUUCAGAAGGUUCAGGUGGCUCGUGGAGUUCUCGAUGGACCACGAUUGGUGCGCUGUAGUAAAGAAACUAUUAGACAUUCUAUUCGAUGGAAUUGUUGGAGCAGGAGAGCACCCUAAAUUGUAUCUUGCUGUGCUAGAGAUGGGUCUUGUCCACAGAGCUGUAAGGAGAAACUGUAAGCCUCUAGUGGAGCUCCUCCUGAGAUACAUUCCUCAGUGGGUUUCGGACAAUGUUGCAUCUGAGCUGAGGCUGCUAAGUGAUGGGAAAUGCCAGAUUUUCCUCUUCAGACCUGAUGCUGUGGGCCCCGCUGGUCUGACCCCUCUCCAUAUUGCAGCUGGUAAAGAUGGUUCAGAAGAUGUACUUGAUGCUUUGACCGAUGAUCCUGGAAUGGUCGGGGUCGAGGCGUGGAAGAAUGCUCGCGAUAGUACCGGGUCCACCCCCGAGGACUAUGCGCGUCUCCGUGGCCACUACUCAUACAUCCACCUCGUCCAGCGGAAACUCAACAGAAGGGCGCUGCCACCACAGGCUUCCCAUGUGGUUCUCGACAUCCCCGACUCAAGCAAUGCCCAGCAGAGCCAUAGUAAAGACACCACCACCACGAGCAGCUUCGAGAUAGGGAAGAUUGAGUCGAGCUGGAAGCCAGGGCACAGGAACAGCUGCAGGAUGUGCGGCCAGAAGCUUGCCUACGGGAUCGGGGGCAGGUCGCUCCUGUACAGGCCUGCGAUGCUAUCGAUGGUGGCGAUUGCUGCAGUCUGCGUGUGCGUGGCUCUCCUGUUCAAGAGUUCCCCGGAGGUGCUUUACGUGUUCCGGCCCUUCAGGUGGGAAUUGCUGGAGUACGGAGCCAGUUAAAAGAAACCGGCUGUGAAACCGUAACUAGCAUCCAUCCACUGUUUUAAUGGAUAGUAUAAAUAAAGAGAUUGGUGAUCAUAAUAGGUGUUUGUAUUUAAAUGCAGAAGUUGCAGCAACCACCCUACUUACAAAUACUGUAAAAUGGAAGAGAUUUGUAGUGUCUGGUGUUUUGUAUGAUUGACGGACUCUCUUAUAUUAGGGACUUAAUCCCUAUUUAACUGUUCGCCGGGUUGCGCUCUUCUUCUUUA